CACGUCACGUCCGCCCUUACUUGCCUGUAAGCAGUAUGGCGGAAGUGGAGGAGCAGCUACCUCUCUCUCCUCAGGAUGGUGGCCGAGGCGAGUGUGGAGAAGAGCCCUCGGAUGGAGGAGCUGCGGUGGGAGUUGCCGAGGCGGUUCCCCCUUCAGCCGGCUCCCCGGUGACCGAGGAACCUGCCGAGGACACCAAGAAGAAAAUUGACGUCCUGCUGAAGGCUGUGGGGGACACGCCGAUCAUGAAGACCAAGAAGUGGAGCGUGGAGCGGACCCGCACCAUCCAGGGGCUCGUUGACUUCAUCAAAAAGUUCCUCAAGCUGGUGGCCUCGGAGCAGCUGUUUAUAUAUGUGAAUCAGUCCUUCGCUCCUUCUCCAGACCAGGAAGUCGGGACACUCUAUGAGUGUUUUGGAAGUGAUGGCAAACUUGUACUGCAUUAUUGCAAAUCUCAAGCUUGGGGAUGAAUGGUAAGCAGCCACUGAUGCCUAGGACUGGCCUUCAGAAAGGAAGAGGCCUCUGAAAUCUUCAGAAACAAUGCCCAUGGACAUGCUGAAGAGAACUGUACAUUACUGCCUAUGAAUUUAUUUUAUUCUGUGCAUUUAUCUACAAAAUGAUGCAGAUGACUUGCAUAAAAGAGCUACAUAGGCUACUCAGCCACGUAAUUCUUUCUUCCUUGUGUCAGUUGUAGUAUGGGGAAAAAAAUUGCAUGUGCCAUCUGUAGAAUAGAGCCAUCUUUCCUGCUGCAGAACUCCCUGGUUGCCACAUAUGAAAGGACAUUAUUUCAUGGCUUGUGAACUGCAUAACUCUCCAUUGCUCUGAAUACUGUAUUGAGGAUAUAGCUUCCCAUUAUUAGGAGGGAUAUUUAUUGCACAUGUGAAGGUGGAUUCAAUUUACUUCUGACAUAAUGUUCAUCUCUAUUAUGUGCAGUUUAAUCUCUUACCUGUUAUGAAGUCUUUACUUUGAAUGUGUAGUGUCUCGCUUACACCUCACUUCAGGCAAGUAUUUUAUAGCAUUUGUCUCAUAAAUAACAUAUAUAAACAUACUGUAUACUCUCACACCUUAAGCUAUGUGAGUAUCUGAUACAACUGCAUUUCUUGAACUUUUUUUUAAUAAUUUUUUUUUAAUUUUUUCCUUUAGCAGUAGCAGGACACAUGCUUCUUACCUUUUUCCUAAUUGUUUAAUAUUUUCACCAAAGCUGUAAUAUACUUGGGGAAAAUGUCUCUGGCAACUCUCACCUACCAGCAACAGCAGAAAGAGAGUGAUCCAGCUAUUGACUCUUUCAGUUCCAUGGAAAUAAAUGUUGGAUGUUAUGCUCCAGGUCCCCUGCUUCACCUGCUGUAUCGUCACUGUUCCAUCAAAAGAAAUGGAACACCAUUUUGGGACAUUUUGACAACUAUCACAAAGUAAUCACAGGAAAUCUUCUCCUGAAGAGGACUUGCUAUCACAGUAACGGGAAGAAGGAUAAUGAGUCUCCGUCCCACCCAUGCACUGACAUCUACCCUGUGUGGGAAAGGAGACUUGCCAAACAGCUCUGUUUAGGGGAUGGGCAAAGGCUUAAUCGGGUUCCUCUACCAAAUCACUUCCCCUGUUAGUAACAUGAAGGAAUACUAAAGAAUUAUCUGCAGCCUGCUUAUCUAUUAAUAUGUAAUUGUAAAUUUGGCUGCUUGUUACCCAAAAGUGUGGCUACAUCCUCUGCAUGCAUAAUUUUUGUUCUAUUUAAGAUGUUUUAAUAAACUCGAUAUUUCUUUUUGCAUGUUGAAAGCUAAAUCAAAAUUUUUUGAUUUCAGCUAACCAAGUUGCAACCAACUCUAAUUUAUGCAAAUGUGUUGAGUAUUUAAGUGCCUGUCUGUAUUUAGACAAUCAAAAUUCUGAAGGAUUAUGAAUAGGUGUGUUCUAAAUCUGUUUCCAAAUGAAUUAUUUUAGUAAUAAUUACUAUAUUUUCAGAAAACUGAUACAUACAAGUUUAUAAUUCCUUGUUUAUGAAAUGGUGUCUUCCAAUAAAUCUAAAAACAUUCUAAAAUAGUUAAACGAGUGUCCCUUUGAUUAAAAUUCAAAACCAGAAAAAUAGAUACCUGUUAUCUUUUCAGAGCCAAUAUUGGGUUGCUCUGAAGCAAUUGUAACCUUGAACAGCCACUAGAGGGUGCUUGACGAUAAAAAGAUUUUCACAUUUUUCCAUAGCUUUUGGAAGUGAUUUUGUAUUCCCGUUUUGCCUGCUAAACACAUGUGAUUAGGUUGCACUCAAGCUUGUGGCUUCUACGUGGCAAUGUGUUUGUCUAAGAGAGAAACCACAACCCUGGGUCUGUCUAAUUAGUUUUAGACUGAGACUGUUCAUCUCAGUUGUCUUAAUUAAUUAAACUACUGGUGUGGUGCAUAUGGACAUUUGGAAUGAUGCGAGAAGCAGAAAAGGAAAGAAUAGAAAUGAGAAGUGGAAGAGACUUAAGUCAUCUUAUCCAUCCACCUACUACUGUGGGAUUGUUCAUCUUGCUGCAUUAUCAGUUUUAUCCUUUUGAGUUUGAAAUGAAGCCAGGGAUGGGGCUUCUUUUGCUUCCUCGGGGGCUAUUUUACAGUGGUAAUAGACCUCAUCGUUAGGUGUCUGUUUCCUUGCAUUCAAUGUAUGUAUUAAUUUGCUUAGUUUUGUUCUAUUUCAAACUUAGAAUCAUAGGAUUAAAAGUACCCCCUGCCAAGAUUCAA